AUGCAAGGAAACAAGGAGAACGCGACGCCGGCGACGAAUAGCCAACUGGGCGAAGCGAACGGUGCGACGCAACCGGCGCCCGCGGCAGCUUCCGCACCAGCGUCCGGGUACAUCUUCCCGGGCUGCACCAAGCCCUUCAACGAGAUGACUGAUGACGAGAUCGAGGCCGGCGUGCGUGCGGGCAUCCUCCCGCUCAAGGCCUUGUACCCCACCGCGGUCAAGAUCACGAAGACGCCGUUGCCGGGGACGACCAAGCCGAUUGCACCGACAUCGCCCGGCGUCUUCAAGGUGUUUAUGUACCUCAUCGACGAGCUGGCCAACGAGGCCAUCGUCGCGGACCCGCAUGGCAUCUACCCGCUCGAGUUUGAAGGCAUCGACAAGAUCGUGCAGCUCCACUUGGCGUUCCCGGAAGCGAUCUGGCAGUUGUAG